UAUUGCAUUGCACUUUUUUUAACGCUCCUUUUACGAGAGAGAGAGAGAGAGAGAGAGGCGGAACUCGUUCGGCCAAUUCUGAAAUUUAGACACCUUCCGAUUCGCGCGAUUUGAGUUACUCGCUAGUACGUUCUGGAUCGUUUUAAUUUUUUCUAAAAAAGUGUACCAUCGCGAAACUCUAUGUGCGUUUGUGUGUUUGUGUAUGUAUGUAUACUUACAUCCUACUCAUUCGUGCGAAAUACGGCCCGUUUCGACGUGGAAAAGAGAAAGUCUCCAUUAUUGUUUACAUUUACACUGCACAUUGCGUUACAUCACGGGGAAGAGGUCAAUACUCAUUGCGGCCGCGCAUAAAGCGAAAGUCUUCCAACGGGCGUAGACGUUUCUGCACGUUGUUAAUCGAUAUAACUAAUCGUCAUCGUGUCAAACUCGUUUUCAUAUUAUCUACGCAACAUACGUAUAAAAUGGUAACUCGUAACUAUUAGAGGGGGAAAAAAGGUUCACGCGCGUGUCACGGCGACUAACCAAAUAUAAAAUUAAAGUAGUCAUCGUACAUGAUACGUUAUGCAUAGAUCCAAGUUUUGGAUUUUACAAGUUUUUUACUUUGAUAGACUAUUAUAAAGAAAAAAAAAGAAAGAAAAGAAACGAACGCCAAGAUAGGAGAAAAACCGUAACUUUUCGUCGCGUAUUUCCAAUCGAGUCAAAGCUAUCGCACAAGCAUAUAGCGUUUAAUAUUCCCUACUACCGUUAACUUUACGCAGACUGAUCGUUCACGGAUUAUAGGCGCGCAUUUAAGAAAAGACAAGGUAUGAAGGAAGUUGCGAUUCUUUGCCUCGAGUAUAAAACAACUUGUACGCUUACUCUUAAAACACGGCAUACGGAUCGGGUCUCUGCGUGUAAAGAAUUUCUUUCUCGUAAAAAAAACAAAAAACGGGCAAGUUUUUUCAAGUGAGUGUCUCGCAAGGAUAAGAACGUAGAAAAAAAUUGAUAUAAUGCCAUUUAUUGAAAAAUCGAGAAAAACAAAGGACGGCUGUCCAAAGUCAUUGAUACUUUUAAUUCGAGAUCUGACUGUUGUUUGCCUUAUAACGCUGUCAAUAUCUUCGAUCGAGGGUAAACGAAAUCAUGGUGAGUAUAAACGAUUACGUACAUAGGUACUCACAUAUUUUGAUUUAGGCAUUAAACGGUCAAACGUUGCAUCGAUACAACUUUCUAACGUAGGACUACUAGGCAUGUCGAAUCGUAUUAAAUUACGACGGCUCGGAUACAGUCGCGAAGAAUUGAAACCAACGAUUUGUUACGAUCUAGUUGGCUGCUUCGCGGAUCCACCGGUUCGUUUGUCUUUGAAAAGACCACCCGAGCAUCCAAACGUUAUCCAAACAAAGUUCUUACUGUACACCAGAGGCAAUCGGGAAAAUCCGAAAGUUAUCGUGUACGCAGAUAGGUCCGAGUCGUUGUUACAAUCUGGAUUUAAUGUGUCGAAGCAACUGAAAGUCAUCAUACACGGCUUCAAAGGUAGCGGUAGCGAUUACGGUUUGAUCCGUGGGAUUAAUGCUCUCCUCGAUCUGGAGGAUGUAAAUAUAUUGAUAUUGGAUUGGACGAGAGGGGCAGGCACGAGCUACGCGGCAGCAGUCGCUAAUACCGAAUUAGUUGGCCGACAACUUGCCCUUGUUCUCUUGGAUGUCUUUAACUUGGGGACCGAUCCGAUGGAUGUACACGUAACGGGUUUCAGUUUGGGAGCUCACGUAGCGGGAUGCGCUUCUGAAAUGUUAAAAAAGUGGGACCUCCUACUUGCUCGUAUCACUGGGCUCGAUCCUGCCUCGCCAUUUUUUCGAAACCAUUUAUUUCGCGAAAAAUCAAGGAAGCUCGACGCCACCGACGCUCAUCUCGUUGACAUUAUUCACACCGACGGUUCCGAAGAUUUCACCGAUGGAUUUGGCCUCCUCAAACCUAUCGGACACAUCGACAUUUUUCCUAAUGGCGGUAAGGAACAGCCAGGAUGUUCCGACGUUAAAAAUUCCGUCGUUGUCAGCCAUUUGAAAGAAGAACUUUUAGAUAGAGAGAUUGCGUGCAGUCAUUUGAGGGCCUGGCAACUCUACGUAGAAAGUAUACUGACCCAAUCCCAAAAAUGUAAAUUCAUAGCAUGGCCAUGUCCUCAGGGAACCGUUUCAUACGCAAGAGGAACUUGUUUCCCUAUGGAAUCUGUCGGUUGGUCUCAAGAAAUGGGCUACAGAGCGAAUCGUGGACCGUUAGGAACUUAUUUUUUACCUACCAGAAGCGAACCACCCUUUUGCGGAGAACCCUUCAGAGUUGCUAUAGUGACAGCUAAAGGUCUACCAAAAACUAUGGGAAUAUUGCUCUUUAAAACGUAUCAAAAUAAUUCAACGACGACGUACAAAAUCAAUUGCCUAUUACCCAAACUAUACAAUCAACCAGCGAUGUUUUACAAUAUAGCGGCGAAUGAUUUUCUAUCCGGUUUACAUAAAGCAACAGUCAUAAAGGGCACGAUUCAGUAUCAUAAAACGAUCGGGCGUGACGAAAAGGAAAAAAGAAGACCCGAUUUGGAUACUAUACUAUUGAGUAAACUGUUUCUCGAGAACAGAAAGGGAGAUAGAUGGGAAUGUUGUAACUUUAAUACUUCGAUUGGUCUACAAGAGAUACACGUGGAACUCCAGAACGUACCAUGUGACCCACACUAAAAAAUUAUACUCUUCCAUUAUACAAAUCUGUUGUAUCAAAUAUAAAUCAUAUACUAUUAUGCGCAUAA